CUAAAGCUUCAACGCAGCUGACAUUUAGCAACAGCAUGAACCAAAUCCACAAAACAACAGAGCACGAUUCACUUUACUCUUUCAUUCUCCAACAAUACAUCAGUUGGAUUCACGUUCUCGACAUCUCUUUGGUGCACUUCGUGUCUCUAUGUCGUCUCUCUUAUCUCUCAGCAUCCAAUCUAAAUCAAGGGAGAUCAACAGGUCUGAACCGGAUUAUGAAUUUAAUCUCAGUAAAAUUAAUACUCUACUAUCGUCUCUCAGAUUAGACUCCAGGGUAUAAGCCGGAUUAUGCCAAAAUGAUCUGAUAUUUUCCAAAAACUCUCUUGGCAUGUCUGCUACAAGGAGCAUAAGCACGGGUAUCAGAGACUGUCCUCGGCUGAUCAGAUUCACUUUGAAAGCUCCAACGAAUGUUGAGGUGGAAUUUGCAAACGGUAGUCAGUACAACUUGCCGGCUGAAUUCUUGAGGGUGUUCAGCCCCGCUGUUGAUAGUAAGAUCAGAUCAAUUGGUGGCGAGAAGGUGAUUUAUGGACGCCGUUAUGUAGGGCUCAUGUCUGCAGAACCGGUUGGAAACUAUGGUGUGAGGUUACUUUUUGAUGACUUGCAUAAAACUGGGAUAUAUACAUGGGACUAUUUCUAUCAUCUUGGAAGCAACAAAUUCACCCUCAUGAGAAGCUACAUCAAUACGUUGAGGAAACAUGGGCUUAGCCGUGACCCUCGUGCAAAAAAAUAAGGCGAUUUUUCUUAAAAUAUUUCGUUAAAUUGGCAACAAAGAUUAUUUUCAAGAACUUCAUAUGGUUUACAUUUCCUCUUGCUACAAUAUAAUUUCCCAAAAUCAUGAUUUCUACUCUCUAUAUGAUCGCUUUAGAAGUUCUAGAACAAACAAUGUAUAUUAAGACUACUCUGGUUGUUACACUGGACAUGACUGACUAUAUAAAUUUUGUAGAGCUAUUUUCAAUGAUAAAGAUGAGGAGGGUAUUUAUGUCUUUUGCAUAGAUUAGAGAUCGAGAGUGAGCCCCUGCCCCCAUCCAUCUUGUUCCGCUUUUCUAAAUGGGACCAAAAUUUAUCUUGUUGACAUCAAUCACAGUACAGUGGAUGUCAAACGCAAUACAAUAUGUUGUGUCAUGUCAUGUUUAUCGGAUAGCAUUUUGUUUUGGCUUUUAGGUAAUCAAAAGCUGGUGGAAAUAUUAACAAAGAUGUUGAUUGAUAUAUCGCAAUAAGGGAAAG